AUGACAGAUUGUGCGACCGGUGGUGUAACGUGUGCCAGCGCGAGCGCGAAUAGCCUUGGACGGAAGUCAAUCCAAGGACGCGGGGGAGGAGAGAGAGAGAGACUAGAGAGUGAACGCCGAAGGACAAGGAGAUGGAAGGGCUCGAAUUUAUACGUUGGGCUUGGCCGUGGGCCAUGGAGCCAGAAUCGGCCACCGGCACGCGCUGUCUGCCUGCCAGUACCGACAGGAUGUCGGUAG